UUUGAAUGCACUGAAGUCGGAGAUUUCCCAGUUCCAAGUUGUUUUGAAUGCACUGAAGUCAGAGAUGAUCGAGUUCCCAGUUGUUUUGAACGCGGCAAUUACGUCAGAAGGGAACAGUGAAAGAACAAAAUGGAGGAAUACGCACGGGAGCCAUGUCCGUGGAGAAUCGUGGACGACUGUGGGGGUGCUUUCACCAUGGGGGCCAUUGGAGGAGGGAUCUUCCAGGCUGUCAAGGGCUUUAGAAAUUCACCUGCAGGGAUGAGCCACAGAUUGAAAGGUAGCAUGACAGCCAUCAAGACCAGAGCCCCACAGUUGGGGGGUAGCUUUGCAGUAUGGGGAGGCCUCUUCUCCAUGAUUGACUGUGGGUUGGUAAAGGUACGGGGGAAAGAGGACCCCUGGAACUCCAUCACAAGCGGGGCCAUGACUGGAGCCAUCCUUGCAGCAAGAAAUGGACCAGUGGCCAUGGUAGGCUCUGCUGCAAUGGGAGGUAUACUACUGGCAUUGAUAGAGGGAGCUGGAAUCCUGCUCACUAGAUUUGCUUCGUCACAGUUCCCAACUGGUCCCCAGUUUGCUGAGGAGCCAGCCCCCAUGCCUGCCCCCUCCUAUGGAGGAGACUACAGACAGUACCAGUGAGAAGUUCCUCUCACCCUCUAGGCCUUUUUGAAGUUACAAUUAGGAAAUUGAGGAAAUUUUUACGCAAUUACAAUUGCACCUAACAUUAUGGACUGGGUCAGAGAACUGAAGGGCAAAUUCACACUUUUUUUCCAGAGCCGAUGUACAGAUUUGCCUUUUACCAUCCUCAGCCUUGUCAGUUGUGUUUAGUUCACCCUAAAUCGGUUAAAAUAUCUGAACGAGGGAAAAGCUUGUGGGUUUGUGCAAUCAUACAUGCAUGUAUACCCUGCAAGUGUGACAGAUAAACUAGAGCUGGUGUUGAGUCAAGCUCAGUGCCAUGGCUGUCAAUGUCCAGUCAAAGAUUGAUUCUAUCAAACUUGUAUCAUGUCUUUCAUGUGUAUAUAAAGGCUUUCCUGCAUGUAUUUGGCAUGUAUUGCUUAUUUGCCUUAUUGUUCAUCGUAUCCUGUGCUUGUGCGUGCCGUUUUGUAAAUGAAAUAACUAGGCUGGUAUUUCAUUGAACGGUAUAAAAGACAAAUAUUCAUUAUGCUGUCCCUGAAAUCUUAGGUUUUAUAAUGACUUAUUUAUUUUUUUGGUAGUUGAUAAUUAAAUGCUUUAUAGUUUAACACCAAGAGAGAAGCAAAUUACUGCUGGCAAAGGAUGACCUCAAACCUCACCAAUUGCUCAGUGGUCCUCAUGAAAGGGGUUGAUACAACUUGUCUGAAUGACAGAAGAAUAAAAGUUGUCAAAUAAAAUGUCA